UAGAAAAACGUUUGUUUAGUUUAUAGGAAGCCUUUAAGACAACAAGAAGUUUUUUUAAAUUCAUUAAAGAUUGCGAACAUCGUGCGACGAGACGUGAGAGUUUUAUAAAACAGUUCAAAUGUCAAUUAAUUAAAAAUACAAUAUUAGAAAACUUAAAAAAAAUGACUGAUAAAACUAAUACGAAAGGUCUUGUUAUAGGUGUUCGUCAUCUCCAGGCCCUGAUGCUCUUUCUGUGCUUCGUAGUUAACUUUAUCGAUAGGCUUAACACUGCUGUAGCGGUAGUAGCAAUGACAGAUGCAGAGACAGCAAACCCAAACUUUCCCGAAUACGAUUGGGACAAGAAACAAAAAUCCUACGUCCAAAGCAGCUUCUAUUGGGGCUUGAUUCUGACACAGAUUCCAGGUAGUUUCUUGUGCCAUAAGUACGGUGCGAAGAUCACAAUGUUCGUCUCAACUUUUGGAUCAGCAGUUUUAAGUUUAAUUACACCAGUAUGCAUUCCUUUGGGUGGUUGGCAGAUUUAUGCUGCCAUUACUAUGAUUCAGGGAAUGUUUCAAGGUUUCUUCACUCCAUGCAUUCACGAGCACAUAGCCAAAUGGUCACCAAUUGAGGAACGUAAUCGCUUGGGAGCUUUUGCGCAUACAGGUAUUGAAAUGGGAACCAUUUUGGCAAUGGGUGUUCCGGGAUUUAUAGCACAGUCAGCCUGGGGUUGGCCGGGUAUAUCGUACGUUUCUGGUGGCUUAAGCAUAGCAUGGUGUAUUAUGUGGACGUUGUUUGCAGACAAUGAUCCCAAUAUUUCCAGGUUCAUAAGUUCCGAAGAGAAAGAAUUCAUUCUUUCUUCACAGCAGAAGGUCGAUCAUGAGCAAAAGAAAAUUCCUAUACCCUGGAAGGCUUUGCUAACCUCGGUUCCGUUUCUUACCCUCGUAGUUGCUCAAAGUGCCCAAGCUUGGGGCUUCAAGACAAUUCAGGGUGAAAUACCAUCUUAUUUGCAUGGUGUCUUACGCAUGGAUCUUUCGAGUAACUCCAUUUUCUCGGCACUUCCGUAUUUGGUGAUGUUUGUCAUGACAUACAUAUACCUUGUAACUGCUGAUAUUUUGAUGAAAAAGUUUGGCAUGCCUCUAACAAGACUGCGGAGAACAAUAAACUCCAUAUCGAUGUGGGUUCCGGCCGCCCUUCUAAUUGGAGUAGGAUUUUUAGGUGAAAGUCAGAAAACCCUAGCAGUUACGCUAAUGACAAUGACCGUCGGAAUCAACGGAGGAGAUACAAUUGGGGCUGCACUAAACGCUAUCGACUUGUCACCCAACCAUGCAGCUACCCUUAUUGGGAUCAUCAACACAGCAAUGAGUGCAGUGUUUAUGGCGACACCAUUGGUCGUUGGUGUGAUUGUUGGUGAUGGAACAGAACGAUCGGAAUGGCAAAUUGUGUUUUUGAUAACUGCUAUUAUCUUGUUUUUCGGAAAUUUAUUGUACAUUUUCUUUGGAACCACUGAUACCCAACCAUGGGAUCAUGAGGAGUUUUUGCUGAACAAAACUGUUUUAAGCGAGAAGACAAGCAAUGGUACUGAAUCAUAUAAGAAAACUCUUGAGGAGACUUUCGAAACCAAAAUACCGAUUGAUGGGAAUGCCUCUCAUAUAUAAUGCAGCGUUGCCAUUUGCAUGGUAUAUAUCCAUUUAAUUGUAAAUACAUUUGCAUAUAUAAUUUUAAGUUACAAAAUAUAAAAACGUAGAUACAUAGUUUAGGGUUUGAACACAAUCGAAUUUUUAAAUAUUUCUUCAUAUGGCCAUUUUGUAAUAUAAUAUAGGGAAACUGAAAAUAAAAAAAAAUUAAAAGAAAA